UCAGUUGUUGCAUUCCGGUGAUCCGCUAGCCCCAAACUCUUUUUCUUCUUCUUGUGGUCCUAUUCCUGCGGUAACCUCAUCCGACUCCCGAGAAAUCAUGGAGAACCUCACCACUCUCAAGUUGACGGCCGACUCCGAAAAGGGCGUCGCCCUCGUCCGAUUUGACCGUCCAGCCAAGAGAAAUGCCUUCUCUCAGGUCAUGAUCGGCGAACUUGUUUCGACUCUGGCUCAUCUCGAUGCCCUGGACACCGUUCGCGCCGUUGUCGUCACCGGUGGCCCAGAAGGUCCUUUCUGUGCCGGGAUGGAUCUCAACGAGUUGGUGCAGAUCUCCACGGCAGCGGCCCACCAGCGCGCCUUUCUCAAGGACCUCACAGACGCCUUUGCCAACUUCUCCAAACCCAUCAUCGCGGCUGUAGUUGGUUUCGCAUUGGGCGGUGGUUGCGAGAUCGCUUUAGCAUGCGACAUGAUCUACGCCGCCGAAGAUGCUUCGUUCGGACUCCCAGAAAUCAAGAUCGGAACGAUCCCAGGCGCGGGCGGCACUCAGCGUCUAGCUCGUGCGUUGGGCAAGCACAAGGCCAUGGAGUUCGUGCUCACCGGCGACUCAGCCAGCGGAGCCGAGUUUGAGCGUCUCGGCGUUGUCAACAGGGUGUUCCCUCGUCAAGAGGUCGUGCCAGCUGCCAUGAAGCUCGCUGAGCGCAUCGCCAUCAUGUCGGGCCCCGUAACCAAAACCGCGAAGCAAGCCGUUCUCACAGUCGAGAAUAGCCAUCUUGAUGCCGGGAUGACCAUGGAGAAAUCUCUUUACUACUCGACUUUCAGCCUUGGCGAUUUCAAUGAAGGAAUGACCGCAUUCCUGCAAAAGCGACGUCCCGACUUCAAGCACACGUAGGUUUCGGGUGGCCCGUACGUAACUUUCGGAAGAGAACCGCAGCAAAUGUCACGCGCCGGGUACCGCGCUGCAAGGUCAUCGUACGCACUAUAAUCGGUAGACUCCGUCUGCUCGGAUGACUCGACCCAACUACUAUACUCGAGUCCGUGGUUUCCACGCGCCUCGGGC